UUUGCUUCACUUUCUUGCAGCUUUCCUCCCUAUCUCCACCCAUCCCUCCAAAACCAAAAAGGAACAAUCCCCUCUUUCCCUCCUUCUAUAUAAUCUCAUCUUGUAGUAUAUCCUCAUCUAUCUCCCUCACAGUUAUCUAGUUCGGGCUGUUCCGGGAUCGGUCGGUGUGUUCCUUGGUUCUUGCAGCAGCCUGUUGUGUGUCGAUUGGGUGUCUUGGGAAUUAAGUUGGCUUAGCUUGCUUGUGUUGUGGAGUGAUAUGGAAGAGUCUGUGGUGGUGAACAAGGAGGAGGACCUGGUCGAUCUGCCUCCCGGGUUCCGGUUCCACCCAACCGACGAGGAGAUUAUAACUCACUACCUCACCCCGAAGGUCCUUAACACCAGCUUCAGCGCGUGUGCGAUCGGAGAGGUCGAUCUUAACAAGUGCGAACCUUGGGAUUUGCCUAUGAGGGCAAAGAUGGGGGAGAAGGAAUGGUACUUCUUCUGCCAGAGGGACCGGAAGUACCCGACCGGAACGAGGACGAACCGGGCGACUGAGUCGGGGUAUUGGAAGGCCACGGGGAAGGACAGGGAGAUCUACAAGGGGAAGGGCCGGCUCGUGGGAAUGAAGAAGACGCUCGUGUUCUACCGCGGAAGAGCCCCCAAGGGCGAGAAGACCAACUGGGUAAUGCACGAGUUCCGGCUCGAGGGCAAGUUCUACUACAAUCUCCCCAGAGCUUCCAAGGAUGAUUGGGUUGUGUGUAGGGUUUUCCACAAGAACACGGGGUUGAAGAAAGCUCCAUUAGUUCCCGGUGGAGGCUUGGCCAGAUCGAAUUCUUACAUAGAUGAUGACAUGUUGGAUUACUGUUCGACUUCGCCCCCACCUCUAAUUGACCCAACUUGCUCAAGCGGGCCUACGAGCUCGGGCUUCACUGAUGCUAUCAAGGAUAAUGAAUUCAAGUUCAAGGGCAUGGGCAAUACGAUCAAUUUAUCUUCCUCAUCUUCGAUGCCACAAUCAUUGGAUGGGAAUUACUUCUACUUCCCACCCAGAAGUACUGAAUUGCAAGAUCAGAUGGUUUAUCACAACAACAACUACUCGCAGAUGAUGUCGAUGAUGUUGAUGAACCCGAUCAGCUCCUACCAAGGGUCGGGAUCGAUUAACCCGGGAUUGUUGCACCGGGGACAAAUGGGCGGGCAGAACUGUAAGGUGGAGCAAUUCUCUUCUAAGCAUGACUACUCAAUGGUCAGCCUCUCUCAGGACACCAGCCUCAGCACUGAUGUCAACACCACCGCCGAGAUAUCGUCUUCGAAGCAAGAGAACCUCGGAUUAACCAGCAACAAUAACAACAUUGAGGACAUCUCAGAUGUCGCCUGCCUAUGGGACUUCUGACGGUGAAGAAUCGGUCAGUCGAUGUAUUUAAUUCUAGUGGUCAGUAAUAUAGGAUUAACCAAUCAGUUUGGAGUUGCAUUCGGUUUAUCGUUCAUGAUUUAGUUGACCUAUUAUAUUGUACAGAUAAUCAUAGUCGAUUCGUGUUGAAGAUGUUCUUAGGUUUCAUGUGAUGUGAAUCGUACCCGUUGAUAGAUAUAGCCAGGAAGAUUAUUAUAUGUAGAUGAAUUAUGAUUAUGUGAAUGUAUACAUGAAUUUGGCCUGGAUUUCUAUUUAAUAAUAGUAGGCGGCCAUGUAUAGUCAUGAGCUGUUUUCUGAUUAA